AUGUAUCUGGACUAUACUAGGAACCUCGGACUCGGCUCGCUCGCUACCAUGGUGCUGUCAGCCUUUACGACGCGCGAGCGGGAUCUCGUCACCCAUAAGCCGGCCUUGCCUCCAUCAUAUCCUCUGGCUGUUCGAAGCCCAUACCUUUCGGCAUGGAUGCCCAGCGAUCAAGUGCAGACGUUGCCGUACGCGGAGCCCCAGUUCUGGGCCGGGCAGAGUCUCACAUGGUCGGUGAUGGCCCGUAUUGAUGGCCAGGCGUACAGUUUGCUGAGUGUGAAAAACCCCAGCGAGCACAUCCGCCCGGGUGUCGUGCGGAGUGCGGAGUAUACUGCGACCCAUUCGGUGUUUAUCCUCACUGCUGGUUCCGUGGAUUUUACGUUGGAUUUUUUCUCGCCGAUAGCUCCCUCGAAUUACCUGCGACAGUCCCUUCCGUUUAGGAAGCUGACUGUUGUUCUAGGCUAUCUCACGGUUUCGAUAUCUGGGGCUUCCUCUAAUGAUGUUCAGAUUUACUCGAGUAUUGAUGGAAGAUGGACUGGAAAGCCGCAAAGUACUACUCGAGAUCUUCAACAUGUAAACUCGACCGUCAUGUUUUCCCUGGGAGUGAAGAAUGCCACAUCCUUCUCGGAGGAUAGCGAUAUGGCUACCUGGGGUGAGGCGAUCUUAGCAUCUCGCCCGAAUGCCACGUCCAAGCUCUCCUUCGCCUCGGGGAAACGGGGAGAUGUGCGUUCUCAGUUUGUAAAGUCUGGAAAGUUGGUCGAUGACAAUAAACCUUGGGUUCCGGGAGGAAUUGUUGCGCUUGCACACGAUCUGGGGACGGUUUCUGGAAGAGAAUCUGUCAACUUUGCCGUGGGACACCCAUACACUGGAUAUUAUCGAUCUCAAUUUCCGGAUACCUACCAGGCGGUCUCAUAUUUCCUCGAUGACUACCCGGCUGCCCUCCAGGAGUCCUUGGUUCUGGACUCAGAAAUGAAGUACGCGGAUAUUGUCACCCUGUCGGCUCGUCAGGCAUAUGGAGGAAUGGAGCUGACUAUUCCCAAUGAUAACCUCGACGUCACCGACGUGCUUGCGUUCAUCAAGGAGCUUUCCAGCAAUGGGAACCUCAAUACCGUGGACGUCAUCAUGCCGGCCUUCCCUAUCUACUAUAUUUUGGACCCGGACUAUAUCCGACUCCUGCUGGAGCCGAUGAUGCGGUAUCUCGCCGCCGGGCGCUGGAAGAAGCCAUAUGUCAUCCACGAUAUGGGCAAGCAUUACCCGAACGCUAUUGGUCAUGACAACCAGGAAGCCGAACCUAUGCCCAUUGAAGAAUGUGGUAACCUGAUGGUGCUGAUGCUUGCCUACGUUCGUGCCACGGGUGACACGCAAUGGGCCGCUCAGUAUACCGACCUUCUGCAAGGUUAUGCGGACUAUUUGGUGGACAACGGCGUCAAUAUUGCGGAGCAGCUGUCGUCCAACGACGCCGCCGGUGCUCUAGCCAAUGAGACAAACCUCGCCAUCAAGGCUGCCGUUGGCAUCAAGGCAUUUGGGGAACUAACUGGACUUGACGAAUACUCGCGGAUUGGCGAGGCACGAGCCGAUCUGUUCUUCACGCAGGGCCGUGGAACGGACGAAAAGAAGACACAUUUCGUGCUACAGUACCCCAACAAGCCAGCCUCAUGGAAGAUCCCCUACAACCUCUAUCCUGAUGCGCUCCUGAAUCUGCAGACCUUCCCCGAGGCCGCUUACCAAAUGGGAAGCACCUUUUUCCGGUCUGUGCGAGCCGAGUACGGGGUGACCUUGGAUAACCGGCAGGACUGGGCCAAAUCGGACUGGAACAUGUGGUUAGCGGGCACUUUCGAUCGGAGCACGCGAGAUCAGUUUGUUGAUGACCUGUGGGCCUUCAUGACAAACGGCAAACACCAUUGGCCGUUCUCCGAUCGAUACAUCGCCACCUCCGCCAAGGGGAGGAGUCCGGGGGUGCCGGUGCUGUGCCGCGCCCGCCCGACAGUGGGUGGCCAUUUUGCCUUGAUGGCACUACAAGGGCCCAAGUCUCUUCAGGCUGCGGUGUCAAGAAAGGUGUUGGGCGGUGGCGAAGGUAAUGAUAAUGGCAGCAACGACGACCAAGAUUUCUUUGAUCAGCAGGGAGAGGAGCUUUUAGUCGUCUUUUCUUCUUCGCCUCCCUUCCUCUCCGCCCCGUUUCUUUCCUCUUUCCUCCUGCUUCAUCAUCUACACUGCCUUCCUUCUUUCUCGUUUCCCCGACCUCUCAUUAGACCCUACUCAUGGCUUCUGUACGUGCUCCUGCUCCCCCGUCCCCCACACAACUUCGCUCCCCAAGGCUAUCCUCUCCCCAACGGUGCCAUACCCUCGGGCCCUGUCCCCGGCGCCGCUCCUCUCCUCCCCAACAAUGGCCGCAUCAUUCAGAACGGCCCCGUCAGAGUGCUGUGUAUUGCGGACGUGCGAGGUAAUCUGAAGUCUCUGAAUGAGCUCGCCAGACAGGCUCGUGCCGACCACAUCAUCCACACCGGUGACUUUGGUUUCUACGACGAUACUUCGCUCGAGCGCAUCGCAGAUAAGACCCUGAAGCACGUGGCCCAAUACUCUCCUCUGCUACCCGAAAAUGUGAAGCGGACUAUCGCCCAGACUCCUCCCCAGCAGUCCAUUAAGCAACGAUUCACGCCCGACCAGCUACCCCUCUCAGAGCUUCCCAUGCUGCUCGACAAGCGGCUGACCCUCGAUGUUCCUGUCUACACCGUCUGGGGUGCCUGCGAGGAUGUCCGUGUGUUGGAGAAGUUCCGUUCCGGGGAGUACAAGGUUGACAAGCUGCACAUCAUCGAUGAAGCCAACUCGCGACUGCUCGAUAUCGGCGGCGUCAAGCUGCGUCUGUUGGGUCUGGGAGGUGCGGUGGUCAUGCACAAGCUGUUCGAUAAUGGCGAGGGCAAGACUACCAUUGCGGGUGGCCAAGGCACUAUGUGGACGACCUUGCUGCAGAUGGGAGAGCUGAUUGACACAGCGAACCGCGUAUACGACCCGUCGGAGACCCGAAUCUUCGUCACGCAUGCGUCACCGGCCCGUGAGGGUAUGCUGAACCAGCUCUCCGUCACUCUGAAGGCGGAUUUCUCCGUCUCCGCCGGUUUGCACUUCCGCUACGGCUCGUCGUACAACGAGUUUUCCGUCAACCCCUCCCUGGACCACUACCGUGGCAAGCUCGCCGCUUCGAAAGCUUCGUUCAAUGAUGUGUGGGAGACCGUGCGGGGUGAGGUCGAGGCCGCCAUUUCUCAGAAUGAGGCUCAGAAGACCCUGUUGGACAACGCUCUCGAGGUGGUGAACCGGAUGCCUACCGUCCCCAACGGCGGCAACCCGUUCGGUGGACCCACCGCCCCCGGCAACGCAGCUGGUCAGGUCGACGAGAGCGCCUUCAAGAACAUGUGGAACUUCAACUUGGCGGACGCGGCGUUCGGCUUCCUGGUCCUUGAGAUCGAGGCGGGCCGGAUCGCUACCGAAAUGCGCGCCCAAGGUUUCAACUUCGCCCACCGUACCGGAAAGCCUCAGCUUGUUGCUGCCGGGCAGGCUGCUCCCGCUCCCAACGCUGCCCCCGGUCUUGCCUCUCCCCGCGUUCCGGGUGCUGCUCCUCAGUUCGGCCAGGCCCAGCCUAUUCCGGUGCACGCAGGUGGCCCUGGACCCCAGCAGCGUCCCACGCAGGCUCAGGCCCAGGUCAAGACUCCCGCCGUCGCUCCCACUCGUACCUCUCCUGCUCCCGUGAUCCCCAAACCUGCCACCCCACAGCCCGCUAGCACCCCUGCCACCCAGCCCUCCGUUGCGUCUCCCGAGCGAGCUCCGGCUGAGGCCAAUGGCACCGACAAGCCGUCUGAGUCGCCCCUGCCCAAGGUGGAGAAGAAGCAGAGUAACGCCCUGUUCGUCUCGAACGUUGACAACGAGCAGGCUGUGCGCGAACUCUUCCCGGAGGACGACAAGGCGAAGGUGCUGAAGAUCGAGAAGUGGGGCAAGUACAACCAUGUGGUCACCUUCUCGACUAUCGAGGAGGCCAAGGCCGCUCUGGACCACCAGCCCACGGAGCACAAGAAGCCCACUCCCGCCAACCAGCCCCGUAAGCCCAACAUCAAGUUCUUCGAGGACCGUGGCAGCCAUCGCGGCAACGCUGGCACGUGGCAGGGUAGCAACCGGGGCGGCAAUGUCUCCCAGCGCGGCUACCAGAGUGGAGGAGCCAGUGACAGCGAGACUAACCGGGGACGCGGAUUCAGCCGGGGCCGUGGCCGUGGCGACCGUGGUGGACGGGGAGGACGAGGUGGUCGCGGUGGCUUCAACAAGGGAGCUGCCUCGGAGUCUGGUCCCUCGGCAUCGACGCCCUCGGGUGACAAGCCGGCCGCGACUGGAGGCGACGCCUGA